AUGACAUGGUCCAUUAAUCAUGCUGGAAGUAGCUUAAUAGACAGUGGCCAUGAAGGGAUGCACGCUGUCAGCAACAAAUCUCAAAUAGGCUGUGCAUUCAAGACAAUUUUGGAUACUCCUGUUGUAUGCCGGGAUGCCCUCAGGCGAUGCAUGCAGGUCUGCCAAGAUCAGACAGUGCUAAUUCUGCAUGCAAAGGUGGCCCAGAAGUCAUAUGGCAAUGAAAAAAGGUUUUUCUGCCCACCACCAUGUGUAUACCUUAGUGGAAUUGGCUGGAAGCUCAAGCAAGAACAAUUAAAUGCAAGUGGUCUGGGUGAAUCUUCUUGCCAGGUCACUGGUUACAUGGGCCUAGACAAUGCAAGCAGCUGCCAGAUGGAAGCAUUAAAAAUGAACUUUGAAGAUGUUUCUAAUUCUAAGAAAUUUGCAUGUGCCAAGGCAUUGUACAUAUCAGAUUCUGACAAACGGAAACAUUUCAGCUUAGUUUUAAAGCUCUUCUUUGGCAACGGACAAGAAAUUGGCUCUUUUUACAGUAGACUGAUUAAGGUGAUUUCAAAACCAUCCCAGAAGAAGCAGUCCAUGAAAAAUGCCGACUUGUGCAUUUCUUCAGGUUCAAAGGUGUCCCUCUUUAACCGCCUGCGCUCCCAAACAGUCAGCACUCGCUAUCUAUCUGUGGAAGGAGGGGCUUUUGUAGCCAGUGCCAGGCAGUGGGCAGCAUUCACAAUGACACUUGUUAAUGAGGAUCCUUCUGACACUGGAGAGUUUCCAUUGCGGGAUGGUUACAUUUGCUAUGGCAGUGCAGUUAAGCUGGUAUGCACAGUCACAGGAGUUGCUUUGCCUACCAUGAUAAUCCGUAAGGUGAAUAAGCAGCAUGCUGUCCUAAAUGUUGAUGAGCCAGUGUCACAGCUUCACAAGUGUGCUUUCCAGUUCAAAGACAGUACAAGGAUGUACCUUUGUUUGUCCAAUGAAAAAAUAAUACAGUUCCAGGCAUCUCUUUGUCAGAAGGACCCCAGCAGAGAACUUCUUAAUGAUGGCUCCUGUUGGACAAUCAUUGGCACUGAGACAGUGGAAUACACCUUCAGUGAAAGUCUGUCAUGUGUCCAGAGUUUAGUGACUCCAAUCCCAGUCAUCAGUAACUUGGAGCUUAAUGGAGGUGGUGAUGUGGCAAUGUUGGAAUUUCAGGGUGAAAAUUUCAGCCCUAACCUGAAGAUUUGUUUUGGAGAUGUUGAAGCAGAGACCAUGUACAGGAGCUCAAGGUCACUCCUGUGUGUAGUACCUGACAUCUCUGUGUUUAGUGAUGAGUGGAGAUGGGUUCGGCAUCCCAUCAAUGUCCCACUGUCUUUAAUCCGGAAUGACGGGCUGAUCUAUUCCAGUAAGUUUUCGUUCACCUACACACCAGAGCAGUGUUUAACUCCAAGGCAGAGGGUCAUUCAGGAAAGCCCACAAGAUUCAGACACGCUGCUGGACACCAUACAUCAGGAGUUCACAAGGACAAACUUUCAUCUGUUUAUGCAAAACUAGAGUGAUGGCUAACACCCAUGGGGUUUGUGUGGCACUUCAUUAUUCUGUUUGAAAUGCAUUAGCCCAAGAGUGGUUUCAAUGGAAGAAAAGGACAAGGUUGAUUAUAUGUCAUUGUAAAAGAAAGCAAGUGACCUAUGUGUUUAGAAAUAAAUGAAUUACUGACCCAUGUUUUGUGAAAAUGAUGACAAUGUCAAAUAUCUU